UCCUCGUGCGGUUCGGUUGGCUAUUCUAACGGUCUAUGCGCGCCUUUAUCGCGUUCGUUCCAUUGGGAACCGUCUUUGUUCAAAAAGUAAACAACAACAAAAUCGAGAGAGUGCGCAAUAAUUGAAUAACAUUUCAAGUCACAUAUAUAGAAAACACAUAUUCAUGCCAAAAUUUGAUAAUCAAACUCGUGAUACUGAAUUAAGAGUCCGGCUUACCGGCUUCCAUGUUUAAGUCGACGAUUGAUAAUCAGCUCGCAGCUCGCAGAUUCAGCUCAUCUCCCAGUGGCAUUUUGCAUUGAUGAACUGUGGACGAUGCGCGACGUGCAUAAUAAAAACCAAUCCGAAAGCAUAAGCAUCAUCGAUAUUCAAAACCUUUCCCAAAACCAAACCAAAGCAAAGUAACCAACCACAACUGCCAGCCUAUAUAGACGACUACAGACCCAGACAGAUCUCGUUCGACCUUUGAAGUCGUAGUCUCGUAGUCUCGCUGUGCGUGCGUGUGUUUUGUGCUGUGCUCUCAGUGCUUGUGUGUGUGUGAGAAAAGUGUGAAAAAGCGCAAAAUAAAUAUUAAAAGCGAAACGUGCAUGGAUUAGAAAGCAUAACCAGCCAACGGCAGCAACAACAUUGCAGUAAUAACAAUAACAACAGUGGAAAGCAACAGCAGCAGCAGCAACAGCAACAGCGGUAGGAACAACAGCUUCAAAUCAGACGUUGCCGCCGUUGCAGACGGCGUCUGGCGCCGGAACUGUCUAACGGCACAACUCAAGCAGCAGCCAACACAAUAAAAAUGGCUAAACUAGAAGGAGAAGUAAGCGAUGGAGGAGGAGCAAAACGGAAACGAGCCUGCAUACUGAGAUCGAGACAGGGCUUACCUAGUUUGCAUGCGCUUUUCAAUGUGCUGACUCUGAGCUGCAUUAUAAUCUCCGAUUUAUUACUCAGCGCCCAUGGACUGAAGGAUCUGAAGAUAUUCGUACCGGAAGCUGUCAUCAUGGGCAAUGCAGCGACAUUGUCUUGUCAAUAUGAUUUGGAGCAGGCGGCGUUGUAUUCGGUGCGCUGGUAUUUCAACCAGGAGGAGUUCUAUCGCUACGUGCCACGCGAGGCGAAGCCCACAUUAGUCUUCCUCGUCUCGGGCAUUAAUGUUGAUCUCGCCAACUCGGAUGCGACGUCUGUGACUCUGAAAGGAGUCACCCGGGAACUAACUGGCAGCUAUCAGUGUGAGGUGUCAGAAGAUGCGCCACUCUUCCACACAGACAUUCGGUCUUCGCACAUGCAAGUGAUUGAGCUGCCCAAAGACGAUCCAGCGAUGCAAGUGGACAAGAAAGUAAUUGGCGUCAACGACAACUUCAAAGCAGUGUGCACAGUGGGUCCAUCGUAUCCGCCGGCGAACAUCACAUGGUACAUCAACGGACGAAAGGUAUACAAAACGCCGCUGCAACGCAUCACACAGGACGCAUUUGAGGGUUCGACCACAUACUCCUCGCUGGAAAUCUAUCCACAUAGCCAGGUGUUGCAGGGCUUCUUCCAGGCAAUGCCCAAGUAUCAGACCAGUAUACUGUUGCUCUGCGAGGUCUCCAUACUGCAUGUGUUCCACAAGAACGUGCAACAGCGCAUCGGGCUGAGCAGUGCGCCGCCGACGACAAUUUCACCCAAUCUGCUGGGCCUAGAAGGCUCGAAGCGAUAUGCUAAUGGCGAUCCGGAUAAUUCAGCGCUUACAGGUGCCGCCCAGUGCAGUUGUAGUGCUGUCGGAGUGCUCGUUCUGGCGGUGGCCACUCUGGCAGCAGCUCAGCUGUGACCAGGACAACACACAGCAGGAGGCGCCACAUAAGCCAAUGGUCGAGUUGUCGGGAAAACACACACACAUACACAGCCAUUGCUACUGCUGUCAUUGCCAGGGUGAAAGGCAACAACAACAACAACAACAAUAACAACAUCAGCUCGAAGCGGUCUGCCCUUAAAGUGUAAUUAAAAAAAUAACAAAUGCAAAUAAUGAACAAAUGUGCGGCAAGCAAAAUUAUAAUAAAAAACGCAAAUUGCAAAACAAAAAGAACGCAAAAAAAAGAGAAAACUACAAAUAAAAAUUAAAAAAAAGCACACACACACAUAAAAAAAAAAUGUUUUCAAAACGUUGGCGUGGUUUGCGUUGUGAACGCGGAAAAAAGGCAUGUCCUUGUGGGUAACCCUUUUCAUUUCUGUUGUUAUUGUAUGCUUAACAAACAAGGAGGCCAUGGUCGAGUAUUUCAAAUUAAUAUUUGCCGCCACACACACACAAACAAAAAAUUGUUCAGAUUAUGAUUAAAAUAAAAUUAUUUUAAAUAACCUAUUACAAAUUGCAACAAACAAAAAAUGCUAUAUGCUGAAUGCAAAAAAAUGAUUAUGUAAGCCCGACGGUAAAUAAAUUGCGCUCAGAACACAGAAAUCAGGUCGAAACUAUACAAAAAAUAAAUGUGUUUAAAUAAAUAUUAAAAAAAUACUCAAUGCGCGUGGAGUGAUGUCAAAAUCCGCAAGGAAAAUACAAAUUGCAAACACAAAAAAAAACAAAAAAAUGGAGAAAAUCAAUAAACUAAAAUCAACAAACUCAUGCACUUGCAAAGUAAAAAAAAAACGAAUUGCAAACUAAUUUACAUAACAACAAUUAAUUAUCGUAAGUCAAAAAAUAAUUAUAUACUAAGUACACCCUACCCUCCAACGACCGCAGCCUAGAAACAUAAGCUAUGUAAAUAAUAAUUGUAAAAAAAAACAUACACACACAACACAAAAAAAAACAAAACGAAAUCAAAACAAAACCCCAAAAGCAUAAACAAGACGAAGGCAACAACAACAAUAAUUACGUGCUAUAAUAUGUCGCACAUUAAAUAAAUUAAACAACAAUUAAUUAAUGUUGGAAUGAGAGCCCCCACUUAUGACAUACUCGUAACACUUAUAGUACACAAACAAUAAAAGCCAAUGAAUAAUUUUUGAUGUGAGUAAAGUUAUUUUAAUUGAAUUGAAGCUGUUCGCAUUGUGGUUUAUUUGCGGUACGUCGUUUUGCCUUUUUUGGUUUGUUGUGAAAUUGUGAAAUCUCUUUGUUAGCUGCAUAAGAAGACCUCUGUUUUUAGACUAAAACUUAAUGUACGAUUAAGCUAUAAGAAUAAAACGAUAACACAAAUGUUUAAAAUAACUCAAAGCUAAUGAAUUUAGUGAGUAAAUGUUAGUUGAAUAAUAAUACGGGCAUUACAAAAGAUAAUUUAAAAGCAGGAUAAACUAUAAAUAGGAUUAAAUAUACAGAGGUUUAUGCGCAGUGGAAACUUCUUCUACAGUAUGAGGAGAUAAAUAAAGCAUUUAUAUAAAACAUUUUCAGAGUUUUGAAAGCUUUAAACUCUGCACUACGCAUAAACCUCAAAUAGAUAUAUGUACUUACAUACUUAGAGUUACAGUGAAGGAAUCGAAUCAAAAGCAGGCAAAACCCAGUUGUAAAUCAAAACAUAAAAUCAAAUUACAAAAUGCAGUCUUGCAAGGCCACAUUAAAAUGGAAAAUGAAAACUAAUAGAAACAUGUAAAAUCAAACUUAACUACAGGUAAACAAACGUAAUAAAUAAAGAUUUAUAAUGAAAACUUAAACUUGAACGAGAACAUGAAUACAAAAUAAAAUAAAACAAAACAAGAAUAUAUAUUAAUAACAAAUAAAAAAGAAAAAAUAUGCAUAAUUAUAAAUAAAUUUACGACAUGUAAGAAAUGCCAAAACAAAA